AAUUCCGAGUCUGCUCCUUUAGUGUUAGAGCUCGAGAAAUCUGAUAAAUCACUCAUUUUAUCUGGAAUGUCAAACUCGAAAAGAGAAAAAAUAAAUAAUUAGUACCGUCAAAGCGAUUUAACGAAAUUUUUAGGUUAAGUAAGGUUAGGUAGAUUUUGACAAUGACAUUUAAUUUUUUUUUUUUGGCAAAGACCAAAAAAAAGACUUCGAUGGCAUCAUAAUCUAGUCCUUAGUCUAUGACUGAAGCAGUUUUGACUUUUUGAUGGUUUUCAGAGAGGACUACGUAAAGGUAGAUCUACCUUACGGCCCCGAGUUCCUGAGGCCGUAGGAAUGUCGACCGGUUGCUACGUAUGACACCGCAGGUUAACCGCGCGGUCACACAGACUAAAGCCACACGGGCCAUGUUGUCGGUUGGUGUUGCCGGUCCUGCGAUCCAAUCUCUCGCUGCGAACGAAGGUUGGUAUAUCUAUAUUCGUUCGCAGCUGACGUAUACCUCCCCUGCGUGGUACGCACAGUGUUCUGACUCACAGCGGCGGCACAUGCAGGUGCAACAGAACUGCGUUCUGCGACUGUGCGCAGGCGCGGGUCGUUACGUCCGUAAUGAUGUAAUUGCCCGAGUUUUCGCAGUCCCCACUAUGGAGGAAUUUGUCCGUCAGCUGGCUAGUACAAUAUUCAGCCGGGCGGACAAUGGCUGCCACCAACAUCUUAGGGACCUGGCCUCCUUACAUGCGCGUUCACCGGACGCGAUAGGUGCAUUACCGCGGGAUCUUCUGCGCACAGCAGCCCCCCCGCAGGGCGAUGGUUAACCCGGCCUUGCACGGUCGACGACAUUUUCAUUUCCUUAAUAAUUCUUCUCAAUUUUAUUCUUCUUUCAGCCGGCGCUAUUUACAAUAGUGCUGGCUUGCCCUUUGGGCCUAAAUAUAGUGAUGCGCAGGCGGUAGCCUGCGCAGUUGAGGCUCGGGUAAAGAGACUAUACUCGAAACCCGUACCUAUAACCCCGUAAGGGAGAGAGGGAACGGAUUGUUAGUAAUGGAGACUGAGAAUUCCAUUGCUAGUAAUAUACCCAACCAGGUCGACCUCCUCGCGGUUCUCCCUGGAAACUAUCAUGAUUAAUUCCUGAUAAAUUCAUCAUGAUGGGCUA